AAACCACCCUCGUCAUUUCGCUUCUGGAUGGUCGAUAAAAAUAAGCACUGCGCAUCGACCAGAGCAAACCAUGCACCUGUCGCGCGCACUAGUUCUUUGGAAGGCUGAAAUGAUUGACCCUCCACUGCAGGGAUCAACGCCUUCCAAGAGCUCUGCGAGUGCAAGGUGAACAAAUAAAAGAAGAGAACGAGCCCGAUGGGCAAAGAAGCAACCGCCAGCUUUCUCCAUUGGCGAACCCACCGGGCGCAUCCAUCCUUGGAUUGCCACAGAAAUAAACUGUACGCAAAGCGAUAAUUCGGCGGCACUUCCCGGGGCUGAUUUCAUUUAUUUCCCUUUUCCCAUAUCUGGUGGAGGUUCCCCUUCCCCACUUGCUCCUCCUCCUUCGUUCAUUUCUCGCGCAUCCUCCUCUUUCGCUUAGCUUCAUUCUUGCCAUCUUUAAUCUUUCUCUGACUGCAAAACCCUCUCCCUCCCCCCCCCUGAUUUCCGACAUUCUCACUUUAAUUCGAGCCUUUCGUGUUUCAUCAAUGCAUUUGUCCUUCAUACUCUCAUCAUGGGGUUUUUAAGCCGUUUUCGCAAGCGUUCGAAAAGUCAUAGCCGUGCGGGGAAUGCGGUCAGCUAUGAGCAUCUCCGCACUAACCAUGAACCUGUGCCUCCAUUGCCCAUCAUGGGCACAGAUUACACCAAGAGGCUACCGCGACGUGUUUUAAUCCGCAUUUUCUCCUUCGUGUGCCCCCACGCCGAAGAUAACAGCUAUGAUACCUCGGAGGAAUCCAUGACCGAGGAUGGCUGUAUGCUUUGUGACAUGCGUGACCUCGCGCACUGCGCGUUGGUGUGCAAGCGAUGGUCCAUGGAUGCGGACGCUCUACUAUACUCCAAUGUCCGCAUCGACGCCGUCCACUACUGUGAGCUCGAGGUUCAGUUAUCCGCGAAACGGAAACGCCGCUCCUUCUUCGACAAGAAUGGCGACCCUGAAGACGCCCCCCAGGCUCGCCUCUCGCUCUUCAUGCGAACCGUUCGACAAUCACAUGGCUUAGGGAGUAUGGUCCGCUCUUUGCGCAUGCCGUACAUGACGCGCGAGGCGAGCAAAUCGGAGAUUGCACGAACAGUUUCCGUGUUGCCCAAUCUCCGCUACGUGGAUUUGCCCGCUGGAUUCUUCAGUGACGACCCCGCGUGCCUCGCCCUGAAGCAGGAAAUUAUGGCCCGCUGUCCAGAUCUUCGCCGCAUGAAUUACCGACAUGGGUCGGAGGGUACCUUCUCGCAGUUGCCGGGCACACACCUUUGGGCCAAUCUGGAAAUACUGGAAUUGUCGGGACUGCAAGUCGAGCCUCAUAUUCUCCGAUUUGGCCUGGGCGCGUUUCGCAGGCUUCGUGACUUAACUUUGGACGAUCUUCCCUGGCUCGAUGAUUCCGCCUUCGCACACUCCCAAAGCUUUCCCCCGUUCCCCGCUGUUGAACGGCUUACCCUUCGAGAUACCCCGAAUGUUACGGCAAGCGGGCUUGCCGCAUUCUUCUCCCUACCUGAAAACCGAGCCUCUUUGCAAUCAUUGACCCUGUCAAAUACCCAAGUUCAACCCUCGACUCUCCACCAAAUUGUCUCUGUCGCACCAGAGCUCCGCGCGCUAUCGGUCAUCCAGGAAGUUUCACGAUCAUUCCCUCCGGAGAAGGUGCCACCGCUCACCUCCCGGUCACUGGAACUGUUGCACUACGAGAUAUCUUCUCCACCCGGCUCUUACGGUAUGCCGCCGAUGGCAAGCUCUUAUUAUUCGUACCUGAUAUCAUCCUUGAUGUCCAAUUCUCUUCCUGCUCUUCGGGAUCUCUAUGUCCGUGACGCAGGAUUUCCAGAGGCAUUAUUGCUUGCCCCUCCACCCCGCUUGUUCGGUGGUGGUGAGAGUGGGCCCCAAUUCGGGGGAGGUAUCCUCGCACAGCCGUUGAACGUGUACAGCAAGGGCUUAGACGAAUUGGAGUGGAACUUUACUCCUUAUGAACCACCUUCAACCCGAGGCCGUCGCGAUAGUACGACACGGCCGGUGAGCUUUCACGACGCUCAAUUGAGUCGUUCAUGGGGUGGCGACGCAAGGAAGAGCGUGCUGGUCGGCAAUGGCUUUGGCGGGUUCCUGGCUGUUCCGGUGGACGAUGGGCGUCCUAAGAGUAGUGGUGGCUGGAGGCGUGAGAGCAGAGGUGAUUUGUGGCGGUGAUCGAGUUAUGAAAUCUUCCUAAUUUAACUGUUUUGACCGCGAGACUAUGUGAUGGAAUAUGGGAUAAUGUUAUAAUGAGUCUAUACCCUGGUGCAGGUAUUCAGCGCGGUAGCAUUCUCUUACAUUUUCUGUGUCCUAGCCUUUCUCGCAACUUGAUAUGAGCGUGCUUGAUCUGUAUACGACAUCGCCUAUGUACUCGGGUUGUUGAUGAGCGUACUAAUGUUUUUAUUUCAAGACUAACAGAAGCAGCUACCAUUCUAUUCAAGUGGGAGAAUGAGUGACUCUGUUCCAUAUUUUUCUUUGUCUUAUGGGAUGUUUUGGUUUUCUUCCCCUCGCACUGCAUGCUGUCAGCCUCCUUUUGCCUUUUCACACCUUCCUAGACCAUACGCAUCGUUCGCUCCUUGCUCUUUAGUCAUGUCCUAUAUAUCAGUGUUUUAUCAUAUGUGGCAUUCUAAAGACCAAAUAUGCACUUCUGCAUACUUACCUACUAUAUCUAAUAUUUCUUUGUAUUUGACUAGAAACCUGUGUGACCCUUAGCUUAUUACUUUCCAACAAGCGUUGCAAAUUCUAGCUAUCUAACCUUAUUAUUGACCGAUUAUCCUUCUGUCUCUGCUGCAAGCCUAG